CGCGUCGCCGAGCCCUUCCUCACCUUCCGCGACGGGUGGGUGGCCUACUACAACCAGCCUGUCUUCCUGGCGGGCAUGGGCCUGGCCUUCCUCUACAUGACCGUCCUGGGCUUCGACUGCAUCACCACGGGCUACGCCUACACCCAGGGCCUGUGCCUCCUGAUGGGUGCCUCGGCAGUCACGGGCAUCCUGGGAACAGUGGCUUUCACUUGGCUGCGUCGCAAGUGCGGCCUGGUUCGCACGGGCCUCAUCUCUGGAAUUGCUCAACUGGCCUGUCUGGUCCUAUGUGCCAUCUCUGUGUUCAUGCCUGGAAGUCCUCUGGAUCUGACUGUCUCCCCAUUUGCUGACAUCAGUGCCAGGCUGUUUGAAAGUGAACCGUUACCUACUAUAGCAUCUCCAGAAUUUAAGUCUGAAACGGUUUUUGCAACUGGAAUGCCCAACUUGUUAAACGGGUCUACUACUCCUGCUAACAGCGACCCAGAGAUGAAUCCUGAGCCUGUGCCUUUAAUCUCUGUUAGUCUCCUGUUUGCAGGAGUCAUUGCUGCUAGAGUUGGCCUUUGGUCCUUUGAUUUGACUGUCACACAGUUGCUCCAAGAAAAUGUGGCAGAAUCUGAAAGAGGCAUCAUAAACGGUGUCCAAAACUCCAUGAAUUAUCUUCUUGAUUUGCUGCACUUCAUCAUGGUCAUCUUGGCCCCAAACCCUGAAGCCUUUGGCUUAUUGGUGCUUAUUUCUGUCUCUUUUGUUGCAAUGGGCCACAUAAUGUACUUCAGAUUUGCCCAAAAAAGCUUGGGAAAACAACUUUUUGUUUGUUGCACUCCUGAUCCCAAAGCAGUCUCUGACAGUUCACCACCUGGUAAUACAUCUACUGUCUGAAAGGAUCCACUUCUUACUAACUUGCUACACAAAUAUUAUGGUUAAACACAUUUACUGCUUUUUCUGACCCUAAGGUGUUUCUCUAGAGUUGAAAAGAUAACUUAGCUGUUUGA